AUGGAACAACCAGGGCCCAUUGCCGAAAUCGCGAAACCUGGCAUCAAAGCGCCACGCGAGCUGGCCAUUUCGCUGCGAGAAGAAGUUGCCCGGAUUCUUGGGAGGAGUUCGAUUGGUUUCCCCGGAGCGCAACCUGUUAGCUUUGCUCGCAAGCACCUAGAAGAACUGCGAAGAGAGGACUAUUAUGUCUGCGAAAAGUCCGACGGCAUUCGCUACCUCCUCUACCUAACGGUCGACGAAGAAAACCAAGAAGUCCACAUGCACUUUCCCAUGCCCAACGACGUCCAAGCCUUCCACCGGGGCACCCUCAUCGACGGCGAGCUAGUGAUGGACACGGUCCCUGGAACGAACGGGCGAAAAGAGCCUCGCUUUCUGGUGUUUGACCUGCUCGCGCUCGACGACAAGGCCGAGCUCCUCAACAAGCCCCUUGACAAGCGCCUCGGCUACUUCCGCGCCUACGUUUACGAACCCUACAAGAAGCUCCUCCAACAGUUCCCGCAGGAAAUCCCCUUUAUGGCCUUCAAGGUGGAGAUGAAGCGCAUGGAGCUCUCAUACGGCAUCGAGACCAUGUUCCGCGAGGUAAUACCGGCCCUCAAACACGACAGCGACGGCCUCAUCUUCACGUGCCGCACCACUCCUUACCACUUCGGCACCGACCCGCACAUUCUCAAGUGGAAAGCGCCCCACGAGAACACGCUCGAUUUCCGCCUGCGCCUCAAUUUCCCCCUCGUAGAAGCCACCGAAGACGAGCUGGACCAGGGGUUUCCGGAGCAAUUCACAGACUACGACUCGGUCCCGCAGGCGGAACUGCACGUUUUCUGCGGCAACGACGGGCCCAACAAAUACGAAUGUUUCCCGGACCCGCUCUACCUCGCCGAGGACGAGUGGGAAACGUUGAAAUCGCUGGGCGACCCGUUGCAGGACCGCGUGGUGGAGUGCUGUCUGGAUGCCGAGGGACGGUGGCGGCUGUUCAGGUUCCGCGAUGACAAGAAUGAGGCGAACCAUACGAGUACGGUCACCAGCGUCAUGGCGAGUAUAAAAGAUGGCGUGUCGGAUGCGGAGCUCCUGACUGCGGCGACGGCGAUCAAGGAGAGCUGGAAGAUUAGGGCGCAGAAGAGGAAGACGGAACAGGGGCCCGCGAAGCAUUAG